AUGGCCGACACUACCGACUUUGAGGCUCCCCCUACCGACCUCAUCACCCUCACCCGCCACAUCCUCAAGCAGCAGCAGGAGCUGGGCGAGCGCGCCUCGGGCGACCUCACCAUGCUCCUCGUCGGCAUCCAGGUCACGUCCAAGUACAUUGCGUCCAACGUGCGCAAGGCCCGUCUGAUCAACCUCGUCGGCCUGGCCGGCGCCGAGAACGUCCAGGGCGAGGACCAGAAGAAGCUCGACGUCCUCUCCAACGACAUCAUGGUCAACGCGCUCCGUGCCUCUGGCAAGGUCUCCGUCAUGGUUUCCGAGGAGAUUGACGAGGCCAUCAUCGUCAAGGGAUCCAAGGGCACUUACUGUGUCGUCUUUGACCCCCUUGACGGCUCGUCCAACAUCGACGCCGGUGUCAACGUCGGCACCAUCUUUGGUGUCUACAAGGUCGAGGAGGGCAAGCAGGGCACGGUCGAGAACGUCCUCCGUCCCGGCAAGGAGAUGGUUGCUGCCGGCUACACCAUGUACGGUUCGUCGUGCAACCUUGUCCUCACCACCGGCCAGGGUGUUGACGGCUUCACCCUCGACGAGGCUCUUGGCGAGUUCAUCCUCACCCACCCCGACAUUCGCAUUCCCGACCGCGGCAAGAUCUACUCGUUCAACGAGGGCAACUCGCUCCACUUCUACCCCCCUACUCUCAAGUACCUCGAGAGCAUCAAGUACCCGGCCAACGGCAAGCCCUACUCGGCCCGUUACAUUGGUUCCAUGGUCGCCGACGUCCACCGUACCCUCUUGUACGGCGGUAUCUUUGGCUACCCCGAUGACAAGAAGAGCAAGGACGGCAAGCUCCGUAUGCUCUACGAGGCCUUCCCCAUGGCCUUCCUCACCGAGCAGGCCGGCGGUCUCGCUACCACGGGCACCCAGCGUAUCCUCGACGUCAUCCCCACCAACAUCCACGGCCGCUGCCCUGUGUUCCUGGGCUCCAAGAACGAUGUCGAGGACGUCAUGAAGUUCUACGCAGAGUACGACGGCGAGAAGCGCUGGUAG